AGAUCUAUACAUAUAUACACAUACAGUUACAUAUACAACAUUAUUGGAAUAUUAUGGGUUCUUUUGUGAUUCCUCGUGGGCUUCUUAUUGUUCCCGUUCUUCUUUUUCUUCUGUUUGUGUCUUCUAGUUCAGGAGCAGAAGUGGUCACCAUUGACAUUUACAAAGCUAAAGCUCUUCUCGAUUCGGGAUACACUUACCUUGAUGUCAGGAGUAAAAACCAGUUCAAGGACGGUCAUGUAGAUACAAAUAAAAUUCUGAACAUCCCCUUCAUGUUAACUGCCCCCGGAGGUAGGCUAAGAGAUCCUGCAUUUCUGGAUAAUGUCUUAUCAGCUUUCAGCAAAGAUGCUCAGCUCGUGGUGGGUUAUCAAAGUGGAGUAAGAUCCCUUAAUGCAACUACGAGACUUGUUAAUGCUGGUUUCACGCAUGCGUUCAAUAUGGAUGGAGGUUAUGUUGCAUGGGUGGAGAAUGGUUUCCCUGUGAAGAAGCCAUAAGUGGAACCUUAAUCAUGUGAUUUUUGUAACCUCAAUAAGAGGGGUGAAAAAAAAAACUGGCUAUUUCUACUCUAGAAUCACAGUUCAUAUAUUAUUUAUUUGUAUUAUUUUCUUCACCCCACGGAUUAUACAAUAAAUUCUUACCAAAUUAAUCUCAUGUUGUAUGUUUUACUUUUUA